AUAGGUCCGGUUCAGUCCACAAAACCUCCUCCAACUGGACCGGACCGGAUUGAACUCACCCCUAGCCAACUCCAUCCACCGUCCAUGAUAAGCUACUUUUGUCAGUGCAUUGUGGGUUUGAGUUCAUGGCUGCUCUUUCGUUCUACUUUGGAACUCUUAAUACUGCAAACUUUCAAAUUGAACCUUUGAUCUAGAUUUAUCGCUCCGGUCCUCUGCCCUACAAGCUUUUCUGCAAGACGAGGUCAAAAUGAGCAUCAUACGUGUAAUUUCAGCGCCCGGUGGAAUUCCAAACCAGACGGCCUCCAACUCCAACGAAACAACAUGAAGCUUAAGACUUUCCUCUGCUUCCUCUGCCUCUUUAUCUCUCUAUGUCACUCCUUCGCAGCCCCGGCCUUGCUAUUUCAGGGGUUCAAUUGGGAAUCGAGUAAUAAAGGAGGAUGGUACAAUUCACUGAAGAACUCUGUUCAUGAUUUGGCUAAUGCUGGAAUCACUCAUGUCUGGCUUCCUCCUCCCUCUCAAUCUGUUGCUCCCCAGGGAUACCUGCCGGGAAGGCUAUAUGAUCUUGAUGCCUCAAAAUAUGGAUCUAAGGAUGAACUGAAAGUAUUGAUUGCGGCUCUACAUGAGAAGGGAAUUAAAGCCGUUGCUGAUAUAGUGAUAAAUCAUAGAACUGCUGAGAAGCGAGAUGGCAGAGGAAUUUGGUGCAUCUUUGAAGGUGGGACUCCAGAUGCACGUCUUGACUGGGGUCCAUCCUUCAUUUGCAAGGAUGACACAGCCUAUUCAGAUGGUACUGGGAAUCCUGACAGUGGAGAGAGCUAUGACCCUGCACCUGACAUUGAUCAUCUUAAUCCACUGGUACAGAAAGAGUUGUCAGAAUGGAUGAAUUGGCUCAAGACUGAGAUUGGAUAUGAUGGGUGGCGAUUUGAUUUUGUGAAGGGCUAUGCCCCUAGUAUUACAAAAAAUUAUAUGGAACAAACCAAGCCAGAUUUUGCAGUAGGGGAAAACUGGAAUUCUCUUGCCUAUGGAGAUGAUGGGAAACCUAAUCCCAACCAGGAUGCACAUCGUGGUGCUCUAGCUGAAUGGGUUAGGUCUGCGGGUGGGGCUGUCACUGCAUUUGAUUUCACAACCAAAGGAAUUCUGCAAGCAGCUGUGGAAGGGGAGCUGUGGAGGUUAAAGGACUCCAACGGAAAGCCACCAGGAUUGAUUGGAAUAAAGCCAGAAAGUGCUGUGACAUUUAUUGACAACCAUGACACAGGGUCUACUCAAAAUAUGUGGCCAUUCCCCUCCGAUAAAGUCAUGCAGGGAUAUGUUUACAUUCUAACUCAUCCUGGCACCCCAACCAUUUUCUAUGAUCAUUUCUUUGAUUGGGGUUUAAAGGAGGAAAUAAGCAAAUUGACUGCAAUUAGGUCGAAGAAUGGGAUCAAUACCAGAAGCAUUGUGAGCAUACUAGCAUCCGAUGGUGAUUUAUAUAUAGCUGGGAUUGAUGACAAGAUCAUCAUGAAGAUUGGGCCAAAGCUGGAUCUUGGAAAUCUCAUUCCUUCAAACUUCCAAGUUUCUACCUCUGGCAAAGAUUACUGUGUGUGGGAGAAAAAGUGAAGAAUAGUAAUGUAUUUGUGCUUAUUCAAUGUCAUAAUGCUCUAUUACUAAUACUUUAAUGUAGAAUAAAGUCUGGCCGCCCUUGAGCUGCUCAA